AUGGCGCUCCAAGAAUACCGCAUUAACGUUUUGGCGGUGGAACAAUUAAAUAUGCGGGAGGAAGAGCGCGUAGCUUUUCAAUUGGUGCCAUACUUUAGAACAAUUAAUACAUCUAAUAAAUAUUUAUCAAUAUGGCAUUUAAGUAUAACAUCAAUGUUUGUUCUUCAUCCAAUGAUGGCAUCGAUAUAUGGUUAUAUAAGCCGUGUAGAUAAGAAUAAAGGUUUUGACUUCACGUUACCCUUCAUGAUGACUUAUUUCUAUGAUGUAAAUCAACCGUUAGCUUAUGCCGUUUCAUAUUUCUUACAAUGCUGUGGCGCAUUCCAUAUGUCACUGCUAUUUUUGAGUGGCGAUUUAUUGCUCAUCUCCAUGGUACACUUGGUUAACAUGCAUUUCGGAUAUUUAAUCUAUAAAAUAGAGAGUUUUCAACCAAGCGGUACGGAUGCUGACAUGAAAGUGCUAGGACCUUUAAUGGAAUAUCACGAUGAGAUGUUGUUUUAUGCGGAGCGAAUCGAUAACACUUUUGGUUUGGCCACACUUCUCAACUAUGUCAGCUCAUGUUUGGUCCUUUGCUUCAUCGGUCUUCAAAUAGUAAUGGGCUCAGAGGCUGUGAGCGUUAUUAAAUUUAUCGGUUUUCUUGUUUCAACUAUAGUGCAGGUCUACUUCGUCUCCUAUUUCGGCAAUAAUCUGAAAGAUUUGGACGUUCUCGACAACUGA